GCUCGGUGGAGACUGAGGUGCACCAUGGACUGACAUCUGCAAGCAGCUCUUUACGCGCACAGCUGGACGCUUUAACUUCACUUCUCUGUCAUCUCCGAUUCCUCCUCAGACUGAUUUCUAGUGAAAUUUACACAAUCAAAAGAGGACCGUGAGGCCCAGGUCCUGCCCUCGUCCUCUUCCUUGUGCAAUGCCGAAGAGUGACACGUGGCCAGGCGGGGUUGCCAUGGAAUCUUUGAGCAAUUUGGACAGUGCCGGGAGCUGCGACAGUGUAAUCAGCAUGAACUCUGGCUAUAGUGAAGACAGCAUGGAGCACUUAUCAGCAGAAGAGAGGGCGUGUCUCAUGUAUCUGGAGGAAACAAUUGAAGCGCUGGAGGUGCAGGAGGACAGCGGUUUAUCCAACGAUGAACCAGAUGCUGGGUUUCAUACGGACAAAAUGGGUCGGCUCAGAGUAAAUGACAUUUCCAGUUUCAAGUCUGAUGACCAGAAAUCAGAGUCUGGAUCCAGAGUGUUAACCGUCGGAGACAAAGCUGAGCAUCUCGCUCCAAAUCACAACUUAGAACCACAGUUCUCUCCUGGUCCUGCAGCCAACAUGAAAUAUUUCGAAACAUCAGAAAACUUUGUGACUCAACCUGAACCUCCAGUCACUGAAUCUGAUGGCAAAAUCCACCCAACAGCCACUGAGCUGUGUGUAACCAAGGAUGAAGAUGGUAAUCUCAAGAUUGUCCCAAGUGCCAGUCUUUGCACCGAUCAGUCCACUGCGACCUCUGACAUGGAUGUGGGUGUGAUCCCUCCUCCGUCAGACUUCAGGGAUGAGCCCGCUCCUCCUCCACAGUCGCAGAGAGUAAAAGACCUUCUUACAUCUGCCGGAUCAUCCGUAAACAAACCAGGAGGACCUAUUGACUUGGAGCUGCUGCGCCAGAGAGCCUCUUCAAAGAGCUUCCCUGUGAUCCAGGAACCUCCAAACAAGCCCCCAGAUCUGAGUCUACCAGCUGCCAGCUCUGGUCCUCCCACAGGUCCUCCACCUGAACCCACUGAGCCCAGAAGUCCACCUGCCGUCGCCCCAAAGCCCAAGAAGCUUCCUGCCAACAUUAUUCUGAAGUCACACAAGGCAGCAGUGGCUGAUGGCAACUCCUCACAUCCAGUGUCCGCUAGUAGCGACCGGGUUUUGUUGGAUCCGCAGAGGGUCCGCAUUGAGGCCCUUAUAAAGCUUGGUCUUCUGCCCGCUGAUGCAGAUCCAGGACCUGCCUUCAGCCCUAAACUUUCUCCCAAAACGAGAAGGUCAUGGGCAGCUCCUCCUUCUCCAGUCAGCCCAGCGGCCUCACAUACACCACCUUCAACUCCCUCGACACCAUCUUACACCCGUGUCAGCAGCCCGUCUCCUGCCCCCGUCCCUCUCCAGGCUCCUGCACCUGUGCCACCACCAGAUACCUCCCCAGCUCCAGCAGUCCUGCCUAUCGAGUUUCUCCCAGCACCUCCUGCUUUCAGCGACCCCGUCGAAUCUCCGCUGUCAGAGAGCGAACUGUCUGCCGUUAAAGAUGCUUCAGAGGCUGCUGUUAACGCGCAGAUAAACACGCCACCUCUUAUCCCUCCUGCCGCGGUCAAUCACCUAACCCCACCCAAGGUCAUAGGUGUCAAAUCAGCCACCCUGGAGCGCUCUGGUCUAGGUCUGAGCAGCUACAUGGCGAGUCAAGACUUCAGUGAGGGCAGCCAGGGCGUCAACGGUGAGCGGAGCCCCAGCCAGCUACGUAACACUCGAGCACGACCAGCGUCUCUGGGGAGUAGGAAAGAGUUUUCAAGCGCUCAUGGAGAGGGUUUGCAGAUCCGCCGUGCCACCAGCAAAGAGUCGGAUGUGCACAGGUCCCUGUCCGGCCCUCAGCACUCCGGAGACUCUCAGAAGCUGCCUCGAUCGCAAGGCAUCAGUGUGCUGAUCUGCCCCCGUUCAGAAAACGAGGAAGACCGCCGCGAGGCACUGAAGAAGCUGGGGCUGCUCAGAGACUAAUCUUGACAGCCACAGACUCUCUUCACAUUUUACAUUUAAAGAAACAAACCAGAGGUUGAUGCACAGUUUUUGAAGGCAUUACAAAACUUUCGGGAAGCAGCUUAACCACAUAUAUUUAUGCGUUUUCAUUUAUAGGAUGUUAAGCCUGACACUGCCUCACAUGACUUUAAUACCCUGACUGUCAUGCUCACACUUGCAUGUUCUUGUUACUCAGAUUGUACAGCCAAAUGUACAGUUUUACUUCUCAUCAAACUGGAACGUUUUGGAUAUUCACUGACUCACUGUAGCUGUGGUUUUUGUAAAUUAAAAAAACUGUUACUUUUAAGAGGCAA